AUGAGCGUGACAGCGCAGGCGGGGCUCUUUGCGGGGGGCGUGCUGCUCGGCGCGGGCGGUGUCGCGCUUUUUUCGCGGCGGGGCCAGGAGGCCAAGGUGCAGGCGGUGCCAGUGACGGCGGCGCCUGUGCCAGCGGUGCGGGCGCCGGCGCCGGGUGCGGCGGUCGCCGCGCCGAUCUCGGACGCGCUCGCGCUCUCCGGCCAUCCGGGCCCGAUCGCGGACCUGCUCAAGCAGCGCGCGUAUAUUUCGUCGUAUGACCGGCGUCUGCAGCACCCUGUGUGGACCGCCGAGCACCUCACCGCCGAGUCGAUCGCGCGGCAGCCGGGGCCCGACGGCGCGAACCGCGGCAAGUCGUUCUUUACCGAGGACGCACGUAUUCCGGAGCUCUUCCGCUCCACGAACGCGGCCUACUUCCGCUCGGGCUACGACCGCGGCCACAUGGUCCCCGCGGCGGACGCCAAGUCGAGCCAGCAGGCGAUGGACGAGACGUUCCUCCUGAGCAACAUUGCGCCGCAGGUCGGCCCCGGCAUGAACCGCGACUACUGGGCGCACACGGAGGACUUUGUGCGCCGCCUCACGACCAAGUUCGACGACCUGUACGUCUUCACCAUUCCAUUGUACCUGCCGCGCCAGGCGAGCGACGGCAAGUGGCGCGUGUCGUACGAGGUGAUCGGCUCGCCGCCGAGCGUGUCGGUGCCGACGCACUUUGCCAAGGUAAUCCUCGGCACCGGCCUCAAGGCGUCCGAGGGCUCGCUCAUGGCCAAGGCCGGCCUCGGCUCGCCGGUCGCCCUCGGUGCGUUUGUCAUGCCGAACAGCAUGAUCCCGGAUACGGCGCCGCUGCGCAGCUUUGAAGCAGAUGCUCGUUCAUAA